GCUCCAAAAAGGGCAGGCCCUGCUGCCCUAAGGCUGAGGCCCAAGCGGUCCCAGGGGCUCCUGUGAUUUGAUCAUGGGGAGAGCUAUGCGGCUCUGCAGCUUGCUUUGCUUAGCCACUGCAAGCUGUACAUUCUGGUGCGCCUUUGUGAGCCCUUCAUUUGGAGGCCCUCCAAAGGCUCCAAAGGCUGGCCAAAGUCCACGUGCAUCUCCGGUGGUCCAGCGAGCAUCCACCCAGGGAGUGUCCUUGGCUGCACCACUCUGCCUUCUGGCCGUGGCGGCCGUGGCGCGCACCUCGAGACGCAAAGCGGUGAAGCGCCAUCCUGUUGUGCUCCUUUCGGCAUCACGCACGCUGCCCCCUGCCCAGAACAGUGUAGCCCCCAGCUACAGUGACUUGAUCAGCGUCGAGGAUGAACUGGAGACUGUCCCAAUGAAUGACAGUGAGAACAGCUUCACGGAGGCAAACGUGGAGCCAGUUACUUCCAUGCCUGCUGCGCCGGGGCAGAGCCCCAAGUCACGUCGUAACCGCAAGUGGCGAUCUUCCAGGACACAGCGGCGCUGCAUCGGUGCACGGCUGGCACGACCAGCCGAGCCACUUGUGCCCACAAAGCUUUCCUAUGACAUCAGCAAGGUUCGCAGCAAGCUCCAAAGUGGUCUCUGUGGACGUGACCCUUCUCGCACUGCGUGCCGUGCCCGCGAGACUCGAAGUCAAGUGAGCACUGCUACAGCACAAGGAAUCGUAGUAUAUUCUGGUUCUCGAUGUUCAAUUUUUAGUGUGGUUCAUCACUCCGAAGGAUUCUACCAUUCGUUGCUCCUUCAAUGAGUUUGCACCAGCUAGGGGAUCAGGUUCCGCCUCUUCCUGGAACCGCCUAAAUCUUUGCGAUGGCCGCGGUCAGCGCAGAGCCACUACGGCGCAGAUGUUCCGGAAGUGGUUGGGGCUGGCCUUGACAUGGCUGGAGCUAUGACAAUACGGCCUGGUUGGAGGGCCUGAGGAAUCGGUGGCCGACGUCACUGGUGACCUAUGCAUGGAUUCCCCAUCUAUGAUCUGGGAUCAAAUUGCAGACUUGAUC